AUGCAUGAGCUGCUCCUGUUCGCCUCGGUUCCGGUCCACCAGCAUGCUGAGCUCCUCCAGCAGCUGGCCGGCCUCACGGGCAUGCAGCCACGCCACUGCUUCGAGCGUCGUCUGAUCUUCAAGGCCUACCGCAAGCCCGGCCAACCCAAUGCCCGCGUCGGCGCCAGUCAAGAUCUGCAAAAGGGCGACCUGCAGCGUGUGAACAAGAUGCUGAAUGGUGGCAUGUUCUACACGCAGCUGGUCGGGUCUGUCCAAUCGGCGCAUUUUGGCGCAGCAGCAGCAGAUGCUGUAGCCGGAGGAGCUCCUGCAGCUCCUCCGGCGGACCCCGAUACCAACAUGGAUGGCAUGGACGAGGCCAACCCGCCCCUCCCGCGAAAGUCAUACGACUUUGACCAGCAGCGCUGGAGCCUCGAGUUCAGAGAUAUCCCUGAAGCAGGCACGCGGUCCGGGGUCACGGCCCGGGUGAUGGCGACCGCCGCCCUUCCGGCUGUCGACGUCGUUCAACUGAUGAAUGCGUGGGGCUAUAGUUUUGUGACCGAGUAUAUCGUCGAGGGCGACAUGUUCGUCCAGAAUGACACGGCCAUCUACCUCCAUCGCGUGCUACACUACCCGACAACGGGUGACCAGGAAAUCCGAAGUCCCCGUCGUCAGCUUCCGAAUCUUGAUCAGAUGGCUCCGCUUGAGAAGACCGGGAGCUAUGUUCUGCAGGCUUCGAUCACCGUCCAGGAUAGUACUAAUCAGGACGCGAUGAAGACUGCGUCGCAGCACCUAUUUGCGCUGCGGGAACAGCUUCGGUCAGCCGUGAAGCUGGAACCGGCUGAUCGUCUGGCUUUGGAUACGAGGGUGAAAUGA